AAGAACAAAGAACCAUUUACUGGCGCAGUCGACAGCACGAAGCACCACGGAGGAAUCGACGACGGCAACAAGACGACAGGAAACCCUCGCAGGACGCCAAAGGCGGCGUUUCAGCAGCGGACAAGAAAAGACAGAUCAUCGAGUUUCCUUCACUGGCCGUCCGCAGGAACGACACGAGGUCAAGACUGGGACAAGAAAGGCUACGAAGGAGAGAUCUGCGACGUUUCCGGAACGAAGAGGACGCCAAGCAGUAACCGUCGACGCACAGACGAGGAGCGACCGCUGGCAGGCCGCCGGGAAGAAAACAUCGACCCGACACGCGGUCACGCACCGCCACUAUCGUGCCUCAGGGACCGAGAAUUGGGCGCGGAGAGCACCAUCAGACUUCCGCAGCGAGGACGUCGGCUUCAGGCGACGAGCGACCAGGCGCACACACAAACAUCCGAGUGAGUCCCUUGGUUCACAUUCCUCUGUUAUGUGUUGUGUUGCUCGAGCCGGCCCAAUUAUAUGAAUACCAGAUUUCCGCACCUAAACGCGGAUAAAAAUCGGAGAGACAUGAACAAGAGCGGGAAAGGCGGCGGGGAUGGUAGUCACGUGCCAGACUCAUCUCUCUCGGAAAAAGAAAUGGAGUAUAACCUGAAGCUAGCAGAAGAGCGCCGACGCGCUCUAGAACUUGAACUCGAGCUCGCUCGGGUUCGACUGGACACCGCGACGCAGAGGCGUGACGAGGCGAGCGAGGCGGAACCUUCGAGCGGCCAGAUGGGACUCAGAUAUUACUCCAAGUUGCUAGCAGGUGCCUUCCCGAAAUUCCCAACCGACGGCGAGGUGCCUAUUUGGUUUGAGUCAGUGGAGAGCUCACUGGGUGCGUACGACGUUCCCAAGGCGCUGUGGGGGCAGAUCGUCUUCCCGAUGAUCGCUGAGCGGGUUGCAUACUUGUCAACGCGACUAACCCCUGCGGAACACAGGGAUUACGAUAUACUCAAGGGAGUAGUUCUCGACGAGUUGAAGCUGUCAGCGGCCGAAUACCAAAGGCGGUUUCUUGCCGCGACCAAGCGAAAGGGGGAGACUUGGAAAACGUUUGCAACUCGUCUACAGAGUUACAUUAACUUCUAUGUGGAGGCCCGCGGCGUCUCCUCCUUUAAGAAUCUUCUCGAACUGUUAGUCGCCGAUCAGUUGAAGUCGGGUUUAGCAGAAGAAGCCGCCAAGUACGUUAAGCUGCGGGAGGGGGAAGAAUGGUUAAAAGCAGACGAACUGGCUCGGCUGCUGCAGACCUAUGAGGAAGCGGCGGGCGAGGGCAGUGCGUGCGCGAAAAUAAACCUCGCUAAAAGGGCAGAGUCAAAGGGCACCAACCAAGGGGUAAUACCGAGCGCAUCAAAAACAACCGGGAGCGUUACAGCUCGGGCAGAGAAACCCGAGACGACCAGGCCGCCCUCGGUUGUUAAGAAAGCGUCUCGGCCGGGCGAAUGCUUCCAGUGCGGAAGCACGAGCCACUACGUGGCUCAAUGCCCGUUCGCUCGGGAAGCGAGGGGGGUAAAAAGUGACGAACGACCACGCGGAGAGAGAUUAACGGCACGUAUCGCAGCUGAAAGCCGCAGCUUGGCACAUCCAAAGCUUGGGAGCGUCAAAGUUAGCUGCCGAGGCAAGGUAAUUGAUGCAAUUGUCGACACCGGAGCAGACAUCACAGUAGUCCGUGAAAGCAGUGUGCCAGAGGAGCUGCUAAAGCCGCAUGGGAGUAUAGAACUCGUGUCCGCAUUCGGCGAGAAGGUCGAAGCUAAGCUCGCCGUGGUACCACUCGCACUUUACCGCGGGGCAUCCUUGAUUCACGACGUGGGUGACGCGACGCAGGUCGUGUGCGCUCUUACGGAUCGGCUCACACACACUGACUGCCUGAUCUCCGCGGAAACAUGGGAACAGUUGCACACGCAUAAUGAGGCGGAUGACGAGGUUCACAUACAAGCAGUGGGAAAACGGGGCCAGCAGGGAGAGCAGGGACAAGAACGGGAGAACCUGUUCGAGCCAUCGAAUUCCAACACGGUUUCAACCGAUGUUCCCCCACCGCCUGAUAUCUCCGCAGAGGAGCGAGAGGAGCCGAAUCUCGAGACUGAGGUGAUGCAAACCAGUGACGCGCGAAAGUUCCGUAAUGAACAGCGAGAUGACGAGUCAUUACGACGGGCUUGGCAAAAUGCAAAAGGUGGCAAGGCGGGCAUGUCAAUAGUAGACGGAUUGCUGUACCAUAAAGAUCAAGUACUUGGUCAGAAAGUGCUGCAGUUAUUACUGCCCGAGUCGCGCCGCAGCACUGUGCUUCGCCUGGCCCAUGAGUCCUACUGGGGCGGUCAUCUCGGCUUCCGCAAAACAAAAGCGCGCAUUAAGUACAGUUUUUACUGGCCAGGCAUGGAGAAAGACAUUCGCGACCAUUGCAACGGAUGUCACAGUUGUCAGGUUCGAUCAGACAGACGGCAGUCCGAUAGGGUGCCGAUAGCACCGCUCACGCGCCCGAAGUUCCCAUUUCAGAAAGUCAACAUGGACGUGAUCGGCCCUAUCGACCCACCUUCAGCCAGAGGGCACCGCUAUGCAUUGUGUGUCAUAGACUUGUGCACACGCUGGCCAGAGGUGGUUUGCCUAAAGUCACCGUCAGCCAAAGCGACAUGUGAUGCGCUGCUGACCGUGUUCACCAGGACAGGAGUACCAGAAGUAGUGUGUUCGGACUGCGGAACGAAUUUCACAGCUGCACUUACUAGCGAGUUUCUCGCGAGACUGGGUUGCACCCCACGGUUCUCGACCCCUGACCACCCGGAAAGUAACGGGUCCGUGGAAAGGUGGAACCGUGUAUUCAAAAAUAUGUUGUUUCACGUAAUCGAGAGAGACGCCCGAGACUGGGAUCGAUUCGUCCCCUUCUUGCUGUGGGCCUACCGAGAGGUCGCCCACGACACAACGGGAGUGUCACCUUUCCGGAUGCUUUACGGUAGAGACCCGGUCGGGCCUCUCGCUAUCCUCGGGAGAAGCUGGGCGGGUGAUAUUGAGAUCCCAGCGGAGUUAGCGGACGCUCCCGCGGACUACUUAGAGAAAUUGAAAACGCAACUAGGGCUCGCAGCUGACGCCGCGGAGCUCACCACAAGCAAGCAACAGGAGGCGUACGCGUCGCACUACAACAAACGCGCCAUGUUAAAGGUGUUUAACGAGGGCGACGCGGUCCUCGUCUUUGACACAAACCGCGCAGGGAAAAUGUACCCGAAGUGGCUGGGGCCGUGCACAGUAACGGAAAGGUAUCGUGAGCACUCGUACUACGUGCAGACGCGCGAUGGCCGCCGCAUGCUAGUGCACGCGAACAAACUGCGCCCCUACGUUCGCGAAGUUGCAUCGGUGAGCGUUAUGUUCCACGAUGACUGUGACUUCGGGGAGGUAGAAUACACUCCGCGAGCAGCCGAGCCUGGCCAGGCGCGUCCAAUUCUCGAUCAUGAAAAGACCGCGCACAUCGAUGAAGAAACAGCUGCCCGUAUAGGUGCUGCGUUCGACCAGCACCACGCGCUCUUCUCGGGCCAGCCGGAUCAGAGAGCUGCUGGAGCUAGGUUUGAUAUACCGAUGUGA